UUAUAUUUAUAUAUAUAUAUAGAGAGAGAGAGAGAGACAAACACAAAAUGGUGAGCUUCGAAAGGGUUCCUUUACUGUUAGGGUUAGUUCUGGUUAUAACUCUGACUGGAUCUCCCACCAAAGCCGAUGGACCUGUUUGCCGUCAAACUGAUAAACUAAGUAGAGCUAGCUUCCCUGAAGGCUUCCUUUGGGGAACCGCAACCGCUGCGUUUCAGGUUGAAGGAGCUGUUAAAAAAGGUUGCAGAGGUCCAAGCAUGUGGGACACUUUCACUAAGAAAUACCCACAUAGAUGUCAAAAUGCUAGCGCUGAUGUUGCUGUUGAUUUCUACCAUCGUUACAAGGAGGAUAUAAAAUUGAUGAAAGACCUCAACACUGAUGCUUUUAGAUUUUCUAUUGCGUGGCCUAGAAUUUUCCCCCAUGGAAGAAUGUCUAAGGGAAUAAGCGAACAUGGAGUCCAAUUCUACCACGACCUCAUCGAUGAGCUUCUCAAAAAUAAGAUAACUCCACUAGUAACAGUCUUUCACUGGGAUACUCCGCAAGACUUAGAAGAUGAAUACGGUGGUUUUUUGAGUAGGCGUAUUGUGAAGGAUUUUACGGAAUAUGCGAACUACACUUUUCAUGAAUACGGACAUAAAGUGAAAAAUUGGAUCACAUUUAAUGAACCAUGGGUUUUUAGUCGUGCCGGUUACGACAUCGGAAAAAAAGCUCCAGGACGUUGUUCACCAUAUAUCAAAAUAUGGGGAAAGAAUUGUGAAGAUGGACGAUCAGGAUACGAAGCCUAUCGAGUCAGUCACAACUUACUCUUAGCGCAUGCUGAAGCUGCUGACGCUUUUAGAAAAUGCAAAAUGUGUGUUGGAGGUAAAAUUGGAAUUGCACACAGUCCAACUUGGUUCGAACCAGUCGACCUUGAGGCUAUUGGAGCUCCCAUUGACCGUGUGCUUGACUUCAUCUUGGGAUGGCAUUUGCAUCCAACAACUUACGGAGAUUAUCCACAGUCGAUGAAGGAUCUUAUUGGUCAUAGACUGCCAACAUUCAGUGAAGAUGAAAAGAGAAAGCUGAGGAACUCUACAGAUUUUGUAGGAAUGAAUUAUUAUACUGCAAUGUUUGCGGCUAAUAAUGACAAACCAGAUCAUAAGAAACCGAGUUGGCAGAUGGAUUCUCUUGUUGAUUGGGAAAGCAAGACUGUGGAUGGAUUCAACAUUGGUAGCAAGCCUACUCGUGCUCUACUGGAUACGUAUUCAAGAGGACUGAGAAAACUUUUGAAUUAUACCAAGCACAAUUAUGGUGACCCAGAAAUUAUGAUCACCGAGAAUGGAUAUGGACAAGACCUUGGGGAAUAUCAUAAUAACGUAACAGUUGGGACAAGAGAUUACAACAGGAAAUAUUAUCACCAAAAGCAUCUCUUGAGUUUGAGCGAAGCCAUUUGCGAAGACAAAGUGAACGUUACAGGAUACUACGCAUGGUCUUUGCUGGAUAACUUUGAGUGGCAAGAUGGAUACAAGUCGAGGUUCGGGCUUUACUAUGUCGAUUUCCAAAACAAUUUGACUCGUCACCAGAAAGUUUCUGGCAAAUGGUAUUCUGAUUUCCUUAAGCCGGGAUUUCCAACUUCCAAGAUAGUGAGGGACGAACUCUAGAUCAAGAAUCCAAAUCUUGAAUCCUCCCCAAAAAAAAAAAAAA